CAACUUUCUUACUAUUUAGAUAUAAUUUCGCUAGAGUAAAAAAUAAAAUUUUCAGUUUUCAACAGUUUUGAAGCCCUAUUUUUCCAGGCAUUUUUCUACUUCACACAACUAACAUGAACUUUUCGGAAACUAUGGAUGAGAAAAGAACUGCCUUAGGGUUCUUUGGAGGAAUGGAGGAAUCCUUGACCCCAGAAAACAGGCAUGUUACUCGUACAAGGAAAGUGGUAAAGAGUGCCAAGCUUCAAAAGAUGACCGCCAGACCAAGCCCAGGGGCUUCCAGGUACAAGCAAAGCAUUGCCCAUCUGAAGGCAAGCUCUCUUUCAAAGCGGAGGUGUUUACAGAACAAGGGAAAAUAUGAACCGGAACAAGCCGAAGACGUGUGGGCCAAUACCUCAUGGUUCCAGGGCGCCCAAACCCAAACCGAGGUUCCCAGAACCCAAGAGCCGUGGUUCCAAGAAGCCCAAACCCAAGAAGGGGUUCCCUCAACCGAAGACGCGUGCCUCCAAGGGGCCCUUAACCAACCCGCGGUACCCCAAAUGCAACAGUCGUGGUUCCAAGGGAUCCUUAACCAACCCGCGGUACCCCAAACGCAGCACUCGUGGUUCCAAGGGGCCCAAACUCAAGGCGCAGCUCCCCAACACUCGUUAUUCCAUGUGGCCCAUAAUCAACCCCGAACCGAAGACUCAUCGUUCCAAGAGGCCCCUUGCCAACCCGCGGUACCCCAAAUGCAACACUCGUGGUUCCAAGGAGUCCAAACCCAAGCCGCGGUACCUCCAACCCAAGACUCGGUACCGCAACCCCAACACUCGUGGUUCCAGGGGGCCCAUAAUCAACCCGAGGGUCCCCGAACCCUAGACUCGUGGUUCCAAAAGGACCAAACCCAAGAGGCUGUACCCCAAGCGCAAGUCCCGUGGUUCCAAGGAGCGCAUUCUCAAGGGGCGGCUCCUACACCCCAACACUCGUUGUUCCAAGUGGCCCAUAUCCAACCUUCCGGUCCCCGAUCCCUGCACUCUUGGUACCAAGGGUUCCCCGAACUCUAGACGAGUAGCUCCAAGGGGCCCAGUACUAACCAGAGGUUGCCGAAACCCAACCCAUCCCCGAAACCUAGUCGAGAGGUCCAAGCCCGAUCCAAAGGGUCGUGAGAAUACUAAUGUUAUAAAUUAACUAAUGUGUAUAGUAGUAGUAUGGUUUAUUAAAUAACAAAAUUUCCCA